GCUGUCUAUCCACCCCACUGCGGUCCCGACUCCCGAGGCAUUGACCGAUAUUUACUGUAAGCUCCCAGUCUGUUACAGCUGCAGUCAGAGCUAUUCACACAGCCGAGAGGACACUUUGGGAUAAUACUACCUACAGUAGCCUACGGAGUUGAACUUUGCGAGAUGUCUCUUCAGGCAGAGUUUGAGCGAGUAGCAGAUGAUGUGAAGAAGGUGAAGUCCAGACCUUCAGACCAGGAGCUGCUGGACAUGUAUGGUCUGUAUAAGCAGGCCAUAUUUGGAGACAUCAACAUUGACAAACCAGGCAUGUUAGACAUGAAGGGAAAAGCCAAGUGGGAGGCCUGGGAUUCUAGGAAAGGUAUGUCCAAGGAGGAUGCCAUGACAGCUUACAUCGCACUUGCUAAGGAGAUCAUCAGCAAAUACUAAUAUGAUGAUGAAGUCGUAUCCAGGGUAUGACUAGAAAUGGUUAUUAUGAGGAGAGCUGUAUCUCAUUCAGCCACAAGCCAUAGGUUAUGAGAAGCUACUGCACGAGGAACAUGAUACAUUUUUUUCUCCUUUUAAAAUGUGGAGUUUUUAAAAUUUGAUAUCAACCCCUAUGCACUUUUGGGAUGUUGAAUUUAUGAUUUAAUAAAACAUUGUUUUAAAUUAC